AUGAAGUUGGAUAUUUCUUGCUUUAGUUUUAUAUCUAGAAAUGAGUACAGAGUACUUACAGCGAUUGAGAUGGGUAUGAGGAACCAUGAGUAUUUAUCAGUAUCAUUAAUAUCAUCAAUUGCAAAUUUAAGAAAGGAAGGAAUUGUUAGUGUUUUAAAGAAAUUAUUAAAAAAUAAAUUGAUUAGUCAUCAGAAUAAGAAAUAUGAUGGAUAUAAAUUAACAUAUUUAGGAUAUGAUUUUUUGGCUUUAAGAACAUUUUUAAAAAGAGGUAUAUUAAAAAGUAUAGGUAAUCAAAUUGGUGUUGGUAAAGAAUCUGAUAUAUAUAUAUGUAAAGAUGUGGAUGAUAAUUUGUUAUGUUUAAAAAUACAUAGAUUAGGACGUAUAUCAUUUCGAACGAUUAAAAAUAAUAGAGAUUAUUAUGGUAAAAAAUGUUUUAGAAAUUGGUUAUAUCUAUCAAGAAUAGCAGCAACAAAAGAAUAUGCAUAUCUUAAAGCUUUAUAUGAAAAUAAAUUCCCAGUACCUAAGCCACAUGAUAUAAAUAGACAUAUGAUAAUUAUGUCUUAUAUAAAUGGAUAUCCAUUAUCACAUGUAAAAUUAAAUAAUCCUUAUAAAGUAAUAGAUAUAUUAUUUAAUAUACUUAUUAAAUUUGCAAAAGCAGAUAUUAUACAUGGAGAUUAUAACGAAUUUAAUAUAUUAAUUGAUGAUGAUGAAAAUGUAACUAUUAUUGAUUUUCCUCAGAUAGUUUCUUUAGGACAUGCUAAUGCAAAAAUGUAUUUUGAAAGAGAUAUAAAAUGUGUUAUUAAUCACUUUUUUAAAAAAUAUAAAAUAAAAAUUGAAGAAUAUCCAUUAUAUGAAGAUGUGAUCCUAUUAAAUAAAGACAAAUUAAAUAUCGAUCAAAACGAUGUUACAAAUCAGGAUGAUAAUUUAUUACUUGAGGUUUUACAAAAUGAUAAAUUAAAUUAUAGUUCAGAUGCUACGAAUAAUAUGGAUGAACCACACGAGCAACACAUCGAUGCAUCUUUAGAAAAAGAGGAAACCGUGGAUGAAUAUAAUGAGAGCACACAUAUGUUUGAAUUACAUAUGGCUAUGGAUAAUCAAAAUAAAUAUGACAAGGAUAAUAUAAAAAUGAAUAGGGUAAACACAAAUGAUAAUUGUGAUAGUGGAGGGGGUAAUAUGGAAAAUGAGGAAGAAACAAAUGGGGGUAGUGUUAUAUAUGAAAAGAGGGAAGACACAAAUGGGGAUAGCAUCAUAUAUGAAAAGAGGGAAGAUACAAGGAAUGAUAGUAUUUUAUUUGAAAAAGGAGAUAAAAUAAAAGAUGGUAUUUUAAUGGAUAAUAAUUAUGAAGAAAAAAAAAAAAGACAAAAAGAAGAAUAUAUUAAAAAGAUGGAAAGUAUUUCUCUAAUACAAAGUGAUAAUAAUAAUAAUAAUAAUCAUGAGAGACUAUAUGACAAAUGUGAUGAUAAUUCAUUAUCAUGUGAUGAAAUAGAAAGUGAUAAUUCGAGUGAAAUGAACAAUAACGAUGACACAGAUUUUUCGAGCUCUUCAUCAGAUGAAAAUUCGUUAGACCAUGAAACAAAAAAAUUGUCAGACACAUGGAAACCACAUUUAAGAAAAUAUACCAAGGAAUAUGUAAAAAAUAAGUUGAAAUAUAUGUAUAGAAAAAAAAAAAGUAAGGAAAAAUUUAAGGAAAAUUUAAAAACAAAAAAUAAAAAAAAAGUUAUGGAGAAAAUUAAAAAUUACUUAUAA